GGCGGCGCGACGUCAGGCUCGUGAGGGCUUCACUAGUUGCUUGCCAGCUCUCAGCUGGUAUAGAGCAUUGUGUGUACAGCCGAGGAGUGAGCAGGACCUGCCUCUGUUUGCUCUAUCUGCUGCAGCAGCUCUAGUCCUGACCUCGUAUGGGUCUCUCCCAUAUCCCCCCCUGUGUUUCCAUCCAACAGAACCACAGCACAGGCAGAGCAGAUCUCCACAACAACGGCCUGUGAUACAUCCGCUGGGGAGCAACAUCUCGCGACCUUAAGCAAGAUAACCGGACUCGUUUUCUGCGGACAUGCAGAAGACGAGCAAGUAUGUGCGUGACCAUACUACAUAGGGCCCCGACCGCAUUGUGUGUGCGAGCAGGAGGAGGCUCAUGCCCGCGGUAGUGUGGUCAGGGCCAGCGGAGGAUGAGCCCGGCCGUGGAGGAUCAGGCCCAGGAGGAAAAGGAAAAGCAGCCGACCCAGCAGCAGCAGCAGCAGCUCUACAUGGAGAAAGGGGUGAUGCUCGAGCCCUUCAUACACCAGGUUGGGGGGCAUUCUUGCGUCCUGAGCUUCGGGGAGCAGACCAUCUGCAAGCCCCUCAUCCCCCGAGAGCAUCAGUUCUACAAGAGCCUGCCUGCAGAAAUCAGGGAGUUUACCCCCCAGUACAGAGGUGUGGUGUCGGUGAGCUUCGAGGAGGAUGUUGAAGGGAACCUUUGCCUGUUCGCCUACCCCCUCAUGAGCGACCCAGCAGGAGAACUGGAGAACAAGGACCGCUCUACCGACUGCAAGCACAAGAGCCAACUGAUCAAGUGGGGCAAUAUGGUGAAGUCCUCACUGCUCAUAGACAGCGAAAAUUACACUAAAGAUGGCCGCAGCCACCAAGCACACAAAGACGAGGACAAGAGUGUUCACAAGCUGCAGGAGGAUGUGGGCAUGGCAUGGCUGCCGCAGGCCGAGGUUCUCCACUCCAGUCAGGAGCACUCUCACAGUAACGCUGUCCCGCAGCCCAAACACAACCCCUGGAGUCUCAAGUGUCACCAGCAACACCUACAGAGGAUGAAGGAGAACGCCAAGCACCGCACCCAGCACAAAUUCAUCCUGCUAGAGAACCUGACAUGGAAGCACAGAAUGCCGUGCGUGUUGGACCUGAAGAUGGGCACGCGGCAGCAUGGAGACGAUGCCUCGGAUGAGAAGAAGGAGAUGCAGAUUCGCAAGUGCCAGCAGAGCACUUCAGCCUCAAUAGGAGUCCGUCUAUGUGGCAUGCAGGUGUACCAGUCCGACACAGGCCAGCUGAUUUUCAUGAACAAGUACCACGGCCGUAAGCUGCCCCUGCCUGGCUUCAAAGAGGCUCUGUUCCAGUUCUUCCACAGCGGACAGCGUCUGCAACACGAGCUCCUCUCCCCGGUCCUGCACAGGCUCAGGGAGAUGCAAGCGGUCCUGGAAGCCUGCGAUUCCUACCGCUUCUACUCCAGUUCUCUGCUCAUUAUCUACGAUGGCGCGCCCCACCGUAAACACACACGCCGGCGCUCUAAGGUUCAACACUCUGAUGGAGAAGAUGAUAAUGAGGAAAAUGAGGAGGUGGAGGCUGAACCCGAGUUGGAGGAGGAGGAGGAGGAGGAGAGCGAAGUAGCAGGUGCGCUUGGUUUCCCUUACGGCCCCUCGACGUCUAGUGACAUCAGCAGCAGGUGCUCCAGCAGCAGCAGUGGGAGCUCGGAUGUCAGCCUGGCCCACUCAGACCCCCUCAGCCCCGUUGUGGAUGUGAAGAUGAUAGACUUUGCCCACACCACCUGCAGACAUUUCCCAGAGGAUAGCGUGGUGCACAAGGGCCAGGACAGCGGCUACAUUUUCGGUCUCCAGAACCUGAUCACCAUCAUCUCUGAGCUGGAGAACGACAGCACAGAUCGAAGCCAGGCAUGACACACAAAUUCAGAAACAGAGGGACAAGAACACCCAAAUGUGGAAGGACCGGACCUUUUACUUAUUGUCUCUGUCUGUCUGUCUGUCUGUCUGCCUGCUGCUUUCUCUGAUCCCAGAGCUGCAGGAUCCAGACGAUUAUUGUUAUUAUGUAAAUGUAAUGGUUACACAACUGUUCCUGGUCUCUGUCUCCCCUUCUCCUUCCUCUCUCUUCCCUCCUCUCCUCCCAAUUGGUUGCCCGCUCAUCCUAACUGGUCGAGCCAGAUGGCCGCCCACAUCGAGUCUGGUUCUGCUAUAGGUUUCUUUCAGUUAGAGAGUUUGAGUUUUUUCUCUCCACUGUUGCCAAAGUACUUGCUCAUUGAGCGAGCUGUCGGUUUUCUCUAUAAUUUUUAAGGUCUCAACCUUAAUAUGUUAAGUGCCUUGAGAUAAUGGGUAGUUUGAUCAUGUUAUGAUUUGGAGCUGUUAAAUAUUUUUUAUUGAAUUGACUACAGAGGUGGAGAGAGAUUCCUCCUCUCCUUGUUGUCUCUGUCCUUCGAAGUGACACCUUUCCCGUCGGCGCUUGUUGACGUUCCUGUCGUGCGUGUUGAUCUUCGGAAUAUGACACAUACCUGUGUGUAAAUUAGAGCAGCCGUCUAUAGGACUGAGACAGUGAUUUAACCAUUGUACUCGUUCUGUUUUAACCCUGUCACUGGUAGGAAAAUAGAGUUGGCAGUUUGAAGUCUGAGACAGAAGAAAUGUUUUUGUUAUGUCUUAUUCCAAAGAAAGUUUCAGCGUUUUGCACACACAAACCUGCACAUAAACACAUGCUGCUGAAUGUGUGUUUGUUUGGAACGAGACAGGGCUAUCGGAGAGAGCAGGAGCUGUAUGUGUAGGAGGACAGUCGAUGGGAAGAAAGGUAGUGAGCUCACACUCUGUCAUUCUUCUCGUUUGGCUGUUCCUUUUGCCAUCCUUCCUCCCUGUUCAUCUUCACUCAAAGAGAAUAUAUUCAUAUAGUGAUCAGAGACAGAGGAUAGUUAUUUAUUUAUUCGACAUGUUUCAUAAAAUAAAAUAAAUUUAAAAAAAGAAUGUGGAUGGAGUGUACUACAUUCCAUAUUGAUAUUGUUAUUUGACAUGUUUGGAUACAUCUAUCUUGUAUAUGUCUGUUUUCCACAGGCAGUUGGAGGAGAACAUUAAAGCCUUUGCUUUGUGCUAACGUCAGUGUCUGCUAUAUUUGGAGUUGCUCCUGGACAAGCUCGCCGGGUUAACCAGAGACCCCACGGGUUUCCUGUUUACAUAAAAUUCAAAUGUUGCAGUAAUCAAAUUUCAGGUAAAUAUCCAGGAGGUGAGGUUGUCUCAUCAUUGUCUCCAUGUAUGGUCUCUUUCUGGGAAGCACCGAGCACAAGUGUAUCAUGAAAGAUGGAUUCAUGUCUGAUACCUCGGAAAGUAUGAUGGGACUGCAGCUCAGAAUGAGCCCUGUCCCGUCACCGGCUGGGCAGCAAAGUAACUGGAGCACAAGCCAAGCCUGUGGUGACACCCUGUAAUCCUGUGGAGUGCAGCCAAGACACGGCUCCCCCAAACACACUGUAUCUUUAGAUCUUUCUCCCUCAGUCUAGAAGAAUUUAUUAUGUUAAAAUAGUGAUGGUAGGGAGCGGAGGCGGGGGCUGUUGUGUCAGGAGGUGUGUGACUGCAGCCCAGGCUGCCUCAGCCAGUCCUGGUCAUCUCUAACCAGUCUGAGGCCGACACAGACUGGUUAGAGAGAAGAUGGAGAUGUGUGCGCUGUGAGCAGCAGCAGUAGAACUCAUUCUUGGAGAAUAGCUAUUAAGCAGAAACAGGCUUGUGUCAACAGAGUACACAAGCUGCUACCACUUCAGUGUGUCCCCUCUGUAGAAUGUACUGACUGACAGGCACAUCUCUCUGACACACAGACGAGCAAUCACUCUGAUGCAUGAAAAAGAAAAUGUUGUGUUUUAUUUUUAUUUUUUAAGCCACAGUCUAUUAAGAUGAUACCUACAUGUGUAUUGAAUAAUUCUGAAACUUCUAACAUAUAUUGGUCAGAGUACAUCACGUCAUGACAACCAUGUGCUUGUUUCAGUUAAUGCUUAAAAUAGAGACCUCUUCAAUUUGUCAGGCUCGCUGGGAUUGGACGUGAAUAGCUCGUCCCAUGAGGUCCAACAUACCCAGAUCCAUGCUCCCUAUGACUAAUAGCUGUGUUUUAACUAAGUUAAACAGAUCAAACAACAAACUGGAAAUACUUUGUAUGUUUUUGUAAGUGUACAUUGUGUAUAAUGAAUUAUCUUGAGAUAGUAAAUUACCAAAUAAUAAUAAGA